UUAGUGACUUUGGAUUUACUCUUAAGUUUUAUUGGUUUGUCAUUCUUGGAUUCUCCGGAGAAUUAAAAAAAAAAAAAAUUCUACAGCGGCAGCAUAAGCAGUGUGCGCGCAUAGGAAGGGCUCUUUUCCCUCCCAAGAUGCAGGUGGAUCCGAGCUGUGUGUUUUCUGGUGUGUGGUGUGCGUGUCUGCUCCUAGUCUGCUCAACUCUAAGCACCAGGGUCACCGGGGUGGGAGGCUCUCACCAAAGCAUCCCUCCAUCAGUGGUGAAGCUGUGGGCCUCAGCUUUUGGAGGGGAGAUGAAGUCCAUCUCAGCCAAGUACUCCGGCUCCCAGCUGCUGCAGAAGAAAUACAAGGAGUUUGAGCGGGCGGUGAAAGUGGAGGAGAUCGACGGGCUGCGGCUAGUGAAGAGACUGGCGGAGGACAUGGAGGAGAUGUUCCACAAGAAAGCCCAGGCCAUGAAGAGGCUGGUAGAGGCAGCAGAGGAAGCCCAUCUACAGCAUGAGGAGGAUCCAGACCUACAGUAUGAAUACUUCAAUGCAGUGUUAAUCAAUGAGGUGGAUGAGGAGGGUAACAGCGUAGAGCUGGGAGGAGAAUUCAUCCUGCAACCCAAUGAUCAUUUUAAUAAUCUGUCAGUCAACCUCAGCCUCAGCGUGGUCCAAGUGCCCACCAACAUGUAUAACAAAGACUCAGCAAUUGUUAAUGGAGUGUACUGGUCUGAGGCCUUGAAUAAAGUAUUUGUGGAUAACUUUGAGAGAGACCCAUCACUCAUAUGGCAGUACUUUGGCAGCGCCAAAGGCUUUUUCAGACAAUACCCAGGGAUCAAAUGGAAGCCGGAUGAACAUGGGGUCAUAGCAUUUGACUGUCGUAACCGGAAGUGGUAUAUCCAGGCUGCUACUUCUCCUAAAGAUGUUGUGAUUUUGGUGGAUGUUAGUGGGAGCAUGAAGGGGCUCAGGCUGACCAUCGCCAGGCAGACGGUCUCUUCCAUCCUGGACACCCUGGGAGAUGAUGAUUUCUUCAACAUCAUUGCGUACAAUGAGGAAUUGCAUUACGUGGAGCCGUGCCUUAAUGGCACUCUCGUCCAAGCAGAUGUCACUAACAAAGAUCACUUCCGCGAGCACCUCGACAAGCUGUUUGCUAAAGGCAUCGGCAUGCUGGACAUAGCUCUGACUGAGGCCUUCAACCUCCUCAGCGACUUCAAUCAGACAGGGAGGGGUAGUGUGUGUAGCCAAGCCAUCAUGUUGGUGACAGAUGGAGCAGUGGACACCUAUGAUGCCGUCUUUGCCAAGUAUAACUGGCCAGACAGGAAGGUCCGCAUAUUCCCGUACCUGAUUGGUCGCGAGUCAGCCUUCGCAGAUAAUCUCAAAUGGAUGGCGUGUGCUAACAAAGGCUACUUUACUCAGAUCUCCACUUUAGCAGAUGUGCAAGAGAAUGUUAUGGAGUAUCUUCAUGUGCUGAGUCGUCCCAAGGUGAUUGACCAGGAGCACGACACGGUGUGGACUGAGGCCUACAUCGAUAGCACCCUCCCUCAAGCCCAAAAGUUGGAAGAUGGUCAGGGUCCAGUUCUGAUGACAACAGUGGCAAUGCCGGUGUUCAGUACUAAGAAUGAGACUAGGAACCGUGGCAUCCUGCUGGGGGUGGUUGGGACUGAUGUUCCUGUCUCUGAGCUGCUCAAGACCAUCCCCAAAUACAAGCUGGGCAUCCACGGCUAUGCCUUUGCCAUCACCAACAACGGCUACAUUCUCACCCACCCAGAUCUGCGGCCACUUUACGGGGAUGGAAAGAAGCGAAGGAAGCCUAACUACAGCAGUGUGGAUCUCUCCGAGGUGGAAUGGGAGGAUAAAGAUGACACGUUGAGGAAUGCCAUGGUGAACAGGAAGACAGGGAUCUUCUCCAUGGAGGUGAAGAAGACAGUUGACAAAGGGAAACGUGUGCUGGUGUUGCAUAACGAUUACUAUUAUACAGACAUCAAGGGGACUCCUUUCAGUCUAGGGGUGGCUCUUUCCAGAGGCCACGGCAAGUUCUUCUUUAGAGGGAACGUCACGGUGGAGGAAGGCCUUCAUGACUUGGAGCAUCCUGAUGUAGCACUGGCAGACGAAUGGACUUACUGCAACACAGACGAGCAUCCGGAGCACCGCUAUCUGUCCCAGAUAGAAGCAAUCAAACUCUACCUCAGCGGACAUGGAGCUGACCUACAAUGUGACAAGGAGCUGAUUCAGGAGGUUCUCUUUGACGCGGUGGUGACAGCUCCUUUAGAGGCCUACUGGACCAGUUUGGUGCUCAACAAGUCUGAGAACUCUGAUAAAGGAGUGGAGAUAGCUUACCUGGGCACAAGGACUGGCCUGUCCAGAAUUAACCUGUUUGUGGUACCGGAUGAGCUGACCAACCAAGACUUCCUGACAGCUGAAGACAAAGAGGGGGUGUUCAACGCCGAUCACUUUCCCCUGUGGUACAAGAGAGCAGCAGAACAGGUUCCUGGUACCUUCGUCUACUCUCUCCCCUUCAACACGGGAUCGGAGAACAAGAGUGUUGUAUUGGCUAGCACUGCCAUUCAGCUUCUAGAUGAAAGGAAAUCACCCAUUGCUGCUGCUGUGGGCAUCCAGAUGAAGCUGGAGUUCUUUCAAAAGAAAUUCUGGACUGCAAGCAGACAGUGUGCAGCACUAGAUGGGAAAUGCUCCAUAAGCUGUGACGAUGAGAACAUCAACUGCUACCUCAUUGACAACAAUGGCUUCAUUCUGGUGGCAGAAGACUACACUCUGACAGGGAAGUUUUUCGGCGAGGUAGAGGGAGCUGUAAUGAAUAAGCUGCUGCAGAUGGGCUCCUUCAAGAGGGUGACUCUGUAUGACUACCAGGCUAUAUGCUGGAUUUAUUCAGAGAGUAGCGACAGUGGACACACACUGUUGGAUCCUUACUUCGCCUUCUUCUCAGCUGUGAAGUGGAUCCUAACCGAGCUUGUCAUAUUUCUGGUAGAGUUCAACUUGUACAGCUGGUGGUACUCUGACCUCACUGCGAAAGCUCAGAGGACGGGUCGAACCAUGCAGGUACCAUGUGACACCGAGUACCCGGCCUUCGUCUCUGAGAGAACCAUCAAAGAGAACACAGGCAACAUUGACUGUGAUGGCUGCAUCAAAUCUUUUGUGAUCCAGCAGAUCCCCAGCAGUAAUCUCUUCAUGGUGGUGGUGGACAACAAGUGUGACUGCAGCAUGAUUGAGCCAAUCACCAUGGACCCCAUCGAGAUUAUGUAUAAUGAAUCUCUGAAAUGCGAGAGACUGAAGUUCCAAAAGGACAGGAGGCGCCCAGAUACCUGUCACCCCUUUCACCCAGAGGAAAACUCGAUGGAGUGUGGAGGAGCUCUGGCUCUCUCCCCGUCUCUUGUGGCAACGCUGCUCUGCGUCCUCCUGGCGCUGCUUCCAAGGUGACCAGGGCUAGCCACGCCUCUCCAUCCAGAGCUAGACUUGGAUGGGCUUGGCUCGGCAUGCAAAACAAUCCCAGCGAUGCCACAGAAAAACCACCCCUCCCCCCUCUAAAAUUGUGCCCAAUUCUAAAUCACCACCUAGUCCCUAGCCCCUAGCCCUAAGGUACCUCUCACUAGCCCCUGUCUGCUAGGCACUUAUUUGAAAGGAUUAAUGCUGAAUAGCUAUGGCAGCUGCCAAGUAGUGACCAAUAAGAUGCUUUUGCAAUAACACACGAGGAUGAAACAUAAGCUGCACAGAGGGAUCUUUGGAGAAGUUUGUGACAUUAUACCUUCUUACUAACAACGCACUUAGUAGCUUAAAACUGCACAAGUGGUACAGUAAUAUCCACCAAUGCUCACACCAGUGUUCAGUCCUUUCAGGUAGCAGCUAAGGGCUAGGGUCUAUAACUGGGCUUGGAGCUUGGAACUGGGCAUUAAAGCCACGUAGCCAGAGACUAAGCCCAUGUGGAGAGAGACAGGCACACCUUCCCCUGGCCCACUCUGGCUUCUCAUGGACAAUUAUGACUCUGAAGAUUAGAAUAAUAACGAUGAUGAAGAUGAUUCUCUGUGGCCAGGGUUGUAAUGAUAUGUUUGUCUAAUGAUCUACUUUUUUUUUAAACUUCCAUGAUGAGAAAAAAAUAUGUUCUAUAUAUAUAUACAUAUGUAUAUGAAGAAAAAAAAAAUAUGAGUUUUAUUUAUGUUUUGCAAGUGGUACCCAUAAACUGUGACUAUGAGACUCUGAGUCCUCCGACGUGAGUGGUUGUUGAUAUUUGAGCUUUGCCUUAUUGAAAA